ACUGUUGAGCAUGGGUUGGUAUUUCAUUGGCUAUGUCAUGAUGUAUGAUGGGAAAAACUGGUGGCCAAUUUUUCACUUCGAUGGUGACACCCGCUGCACAACAGAUGCAUCUUUCAAAAUGCUGUCAAAAUAUUAAAGAGAUAAAUACACUAGCAGUCACUAAAGUUGAGGCCAAGCAUAAUACGAUUACUGGACUUUAGAAUACGCUUAAUACGGUCAUUGAAUACGAGUUGUGGUGAUUAUAAUGUCACUCCUCGCGUAUAGCUCCGUAUUCUGUUGAGUUGACCGGUCAAACAUCGUUCGAAAUUUUCAAAAACCCCCUCGAAUUGUUUCGUCCGUCGCCGGCAGCUCGGGCUCCUGGCCACCCCGCGCUGCCACUCGCCCCGCUCGCCCCUCUACUCUCCCUGGCGACCCCGCCGCCGCGCCCUCCGGCGACCUCGCUGCCUCGUGCGCUCCGCUGCCGCCAACCGCACCGCGUCUGCGCCCGGAGCACCUACCGCACACAGGGCGCCUAGCCUCGCUGCGGCCCAGCCUUGCCCCUCCGCCGCAGCGCUAGCCCCGCGCCGACCUCGCUGCUGGCCCCUCCUACGGCCAGAUCCGGCGAGAUCCGAGGUCGCCGCCUCCGGAUCCGCUUGGCCGAGGAGGAGGACGAGCAGAUGCGGGAGCGAAGGCGGUGGGAGAGGUCGAUGGCGUCGCGGUGGUUGGGGUCGAGGGCGAGGAGCGCGAGCUCGUGGCGGCCGAGUGCCUCAAGCGCGCGGGCGCGGCGGAGAAGAGCUCGCGGGAAGCGCGGCUCGGCCUGGAGCGCAAGGGAUGGCUACGCGGGGCAAGGCGGAGGGCGAGCUCGUACUACCGCAGCGCGCCGGCGUAGUCACGCGACUGGAACAGGCGGUUGCCUUCCUCCUUGAGCUCGUGCGCGCGGCGAAGGAGCACGCCGGGGUCCGCUGGGGUUGGGAGCGGACGAGCCGGAUUCAUGGUUUCGGGGUGAGGCCGACGGAGUCGAGGGAGUGGCGGGGGAAGUCGUCGGGGUCGUGGGCGGAGGAGGACAACGACGACAUGGAGAAGCGGGAGGAGGCGAGGGAGAGGGACGCCUCGGAAUCGGAGCUGUCGCGGAGGAGCGGCGCCACGGAGAGGUCCGACGCGCGGCCGCCGUUCCGCUGGAGGAGGGGACUGCGGAGGCGACGGUGACGGGCCCUUCUCCUGCAGCAUGCCCUUCAGGCCGCGCCCGUGCUGCUGCUGCCCUGCGCCGUGGUGCCCGCCGUACUGCCCGCGCUCCGCCAUUGCUCCUUCCUUUCCUCCUCGCUUCGCUGCGCCGGCCGCCGGUAGAGUGGAGUGGAGUGAGUUGAGGUGGAGAGGAGAUCGAGGCCACGGGUACCGUAUUGUGCUUCGACCUCAACUUCAGUAACUGCUAGUGUAUUUAUCUCAACAUUAAACCAUGAUGGAGAUGUGACAAUGAUCUAGGAGAACCACCUCUGUUCAUUGCAUUCUCCCUCUGUAUGAUAUCCUGCAAAGAAUGCUACAAUUCAGAGAAAUUUUUCUAAGAGUCA